UUACAAAUAAACGAACUACUCUAAUAAAUUACAUUUUUGAAGUGAACUGAAAUUCCCUACUGAAGCUCGUUCAGCGCUCGUAUGGAGGGAGGAACAGUUUUGCCUCUGGCUUCCCCAAUCAUCAAACCCAUUAACAAGGGCGUCGUCCACCGAAUUUGUGCUGGGCAGGUUAUUCUCGAUCUUCCCUCUGCCGUCAAGGAGCUGGUGGAGAACAGCUUAGACGCUGGCGCCACCAGCAUUGAGGUUUCUCUUAGAGACUACGGCGCCGAGUCGUUCCAGGUCAUAGACAAUGGUUGUGGCAUUUCUCCCCACAAUUUCAAGGUUCUUGCCCAGAAGCAUCAUACUUCAAAGCUAUCAGAUUUUAUUGAUCUCCAGAACAUAGCAACUUUUGGGUUCAGAGGGGAAGCAUUGAGUUCCCUUUGUGCUUUAGGAGAUUUAACCGUAGAGACGAGAACCAAGAAUGAACCAGUAGCAACACAUUUAGCUUUCAAUCGUUCUGGUCUUCUGAUAGAAGAAUCAAAGGCAGCUCGCCAAGUUGGCACAACUAUCACUGUUAAAAAGCUAUUCUCCAAUUUGCCUGUUAGAAGCAAGGAGUUUCAUAGAAACAUUCGGAAGGAUUAUGGGAAGCUUAUCACUUUGUUGAAUGCGUAUGCUUUGAUUGCUAAGGGGGUUAGAUUGCUAUGCACGAACACAACUGGAAAGAAUGCAAAAACUGUUGUUCUGAAAACACAAGGAAGUGGAUCCCUUAAAGAUAAUAUCAUUGCGGUCUUUGGUAUGAGCACCUUUACCUGCUUAGAGCCUGUGAAAGUGUGCAUUCAAGAGGGCUGUGAAAUUGAUGGCUUCAUUUCCAAGGGUGGAAACGGAAGUGGGAGAAACUCUGGGGAUAGACAGUUCUUCUUUGUAAAUGGUCGGCCAGUAGAUAUGCCCAAAGUCAGCAAACUUGUCAAUGAAAUGUAUAGAGCUGCAAACAGUAAGCAGUUUCCCAUUGCAAUAAUGAACUUUGUAAUUUCACCUCAAGCUUACGAUGUGAAUGUUACUCCUGAUAAAAGAAAAAUAUUCUUUUCUGAUGAGUGUUCCAUUUUGGGGUCCUUAAGAGAAGCUCUAGAUAAGAUUUACUCACCCGACCUUGCUAGUUAUUCUGUCAAUACAUUUGAAGACAUGACACCAGAAAAACAUAAUUCCAAGACUUAUGUGCAGCAAACGAUGUCAGAUUUAAGAUUAAAACAAGUAUCACCCGAUCAAACUUUUCCUGACAAACAAGCACUCAUCAGAGAAAAAUCUGCAGAUGGUGAUAUACUGAGAACAGUAGAAGAGGACAUAUGCAAUUCUCCUAAUGUAGUGACGUUGCAAAAAAAUGAGGUCAGUUUAACAAAAAAUGACUUUAGGCUACGAUUUCAUUCUACAAAGGAUGAUGAUAAGUUAUCUCAGAAUUCUGAGAAGCAGCUUAUGGGUCUGGAGAGUAACUUGACAGAUAACCCUCCUUUGCUAUGUUCUACACCUGUAACAAAAGACGGAAUAAAAAAUGGAAGUGUCACCAGUGGUUCGAAUAUUGUCCAAUCAUCACUUACCAAAUAUAUGGCAUUGAAUAAGAGAAAGCAUGAGAGUAUUAGUUCACCUCUGACUGAGGUUCCCGUACUGAGAAAUAAAUCUAUACUUUGCCAUUCGAUACCUGUGGAGGACUAUAUCAGGGUAGAUGGUUCUGAUGAAACCAACAAAAAUAGGACUGAAUCUCCAGCUGCGUCUAAAGUGGGCAGAAUCCUUCACCAUAUGAAGAAUGUGAUUCCCAGCAUGGAAAGAAAAUGCCAAGGAGAGAACAUAGAGGAAAGAAAAGGUGAAAAUAAAUCAUAUUCUUCCACCAGUUCAGUAUUAGCUGCUUCAGAACAACCUAGUGACUUAUCAUCUGAUUCUCAAAAAGUUUCUUUGGACUCAAAGAUUGGUCAUAGUAUGCAAUUUAGUUUUAAAGACUUGAUGGCGAGAAGGAAAUGGAGGCUAGAAAUAUUACAAAUGGGCACCACUUCCUCUAGGAACAUUGGGAUGAAAAGGGGCUAUACUGCAGCAUCAUUGGAACUCUCUCAACCUCUUAAUGAAGAGGGAAAGACAAAAGCUUUGGCUGCUGCGACUACUGAGUUGGAAAGGUUGUUCAGGAAAGAAAACUUUUCACAGAUGAAGGUUGUUGGACAAUUCAAUCUCGGAUUUAUUAUUGGCAAGUUAGAUCAAGACCUUUUUAUUGUGGAUCAGCAUGCUGCAGAUGAGAAGUAUAACUAUGAACGCUUGUCGGAGUCAACAAUUUUAAAUCAGCAACCUUUGCUUCGGCCAUUGAAGAUGGAUUUAUCUCCUGAAGAAGAAAUAAUUGUUUCCAUGAACAUGGAAACCAUAAGGAAAAAUGGAUUUACUUUGGAAGAAGAUGUGCACGCUCCUCCUGGGUUCCGAUUCAAUCUAAAGGCAGUUCCUUUCAGUCAAAAGAUAAUGUUCGGUGUCGCAGAUGUCAAGGAGCUGAUUUCUAUUCUAGCUGAUGAUGAUAGACAGGGAGGGUGUAAUAAUAUUCAACGUAGUUAUAAGACGGACACAUGUGAUUCGGUGUGCCCACCAAGAGUGCGUGCAAUGUUGGCUUCACGUGCUUGCAGAUCAUCUGUUAUGAUUGGAGAUCCACUUGGCAGGAAUGAGAUGUAUAAGAUACUCGAGCAUUUGGCACAAUUGAAAUCUCCUUGGAACUGUCCGCAUGGGAGACCAACCAUGCGUCACUUGAUCGACUUGGCCACUCUAUCAAGAACAGGAGACUUAGAUCUGAGCUUCAUGUGAUCACUCCUUUGUGUAUAUAUUUUUCAUUAUGAGGAAAGAUGCUGAAGAAAACAAAAAUGGUGUUUUUUGUCAUGUAACUUAUACACCACCGUUUGUCAUGUGAAAGUUCCAUCUGUAUAUAUACUUUCCAUUGAUAGUCACGUUAUUGACUUAUUGGAG